AUGUUAACGAAUCAUUGCGGGAAGUUACUAAAAGCGGCUGUACUGCCAAAUGUCGCUUUCAACCGAAAUCUGGUCAAAUCGGUUACGGUCAUUUCAAAACCUCCAAUUGUUCCAAUGAAAGUGUCUUAUAAAGAGAUGAUGCAGAUGGGUGCGGUAAUCGUGGCAUUAUGGAUCACCCCAAUGGCAUUUUACACUUCGCAGUUAUCAAUUUGA